GUAGGGGGCCGAGCUGGCCCAGCAGGCAGAUGCGGGCGGUGCGGCAUGUCGUGUGCGCCCUGUCCGGCGGGGUGGACAGCGCCGUGGCCGCGCUGCUGCUGCGGCGGACAGGCUACCAAGUGACAGGGGUGUUUAUGAAGAACUGGGACUCACUGGAUGAGCAUGGAGUUUGUACUGCUGACAAAGACUGCGAAGAUGCUUACAAAGUUUGCCAGAUCUUAGACAUCCCCUUCCGUCAAGUGUCCUACGUGAAGGAGUAUUGGAAUGACGUGUUCAGUGAUUUUUUGAAUGAGUAUGAAAAAGGAAGGACUCCCAAUCCUGACAUAGUCUGCAACAAGCAUAUCAAAUUCAGUUGCUUUUUUCAUUAUGCCGUGGAUAAUCUUGGAGCAGAUGCCAUUGCCACAGGUCACUAUGCAAGAACUUCCCUGGAAGAUGAAGAAGUCUUUCAGCAGAAGCACAUUAAGAGGCCGGAAGGGCUUUUCAGAAAUCGAUUUGAAGUUAGAAAUGCGGUAAAACUUCUCCAGGCAGCCGACAGCUUUAAAGACCAGACCUUCUUUCUCAGCCAGGUUUCCCAGGAGGCCCUGAGGAGAACCAUCUUCCCUCUGGGGGGAUUAACGAAAGAUUUUGUAAAGAAAAUAGCUGCUGAGAAUAAACUUCAUCACGUGCUUCAAAAAAAAGAGAGCAUGGGCAUCUGUUUUGUCGGGAAAAGGAAUUUUGAGCGAUUCAUUCUUCAGUAUUUGCAGCCUCGGCCGGGUAAAUUUAUUUCUGUAGAAGACAGUACAGUUCUGGGCACACACAAAGGGUGGUUCCUGUACACGCUGGGCCAGAGAGCUAAGAUCAGCGGCUUGAGAGAGCCUUGGUACGUGGUGGAGAAGGACGACAGCACGGGCAAUGUGUUCGUGGCCCCCCAGACAGACCACCCGGCCUUGUACAGGGACCUGCUGCGGACCAACCGCGUGCACUGGAUCGCAGAGGAGCCACCCGCUGCCCUGGUCCGGGACAAGAUGAUGGAGUGCCACUUCCGGUUUCGCCACCAGAUGGAGCUAGUGCCCUGUGUGCUGACCCUCAAUCAAGAUGGCACCGUGUGGGUGACGGCCGUAAAGGCCGUGCGGGCCCUAACCCCAGGACAGUUCGCCGUGUUCUACAAAGGGGAUGAAUGCCUGGGCAGCGGGAAGAUUCUGCGGUUGGGGCCGUCCACCUACACACUCCAGAAGGGCAGGAGCAAAGCCAAGGUGGCCACUGAGGGCUGUGGCGAUGGCCUGGGUCCACAUCCCACACACUGAUGGAGGCUGAGCUGCUGGAGGAGUCCUGGAAGAACAGAGAGCAGGGCUGGGCAGCCACUAUGCAGACCCGCUGUCAGGGCCUUGUCUGCUGCCGGAACCAUGGCAAGCCCGGCCAGCUGAGGUUCUGCAAAGCCUGCAGAGCCAGGGAGAGCCCUGUGAGGGGCCAGUCUUCUCCAAGUUGGGGCACCUGCCAGCUUCGAGCGCACUGAGGGUACCUGUGGAGGGAGCUGUGCAUGCUGCAGGGACAGUGUGGAAUAAAAUUCUUCUAGGGACGUGA